CGGGGCUUGCAAGAGGGCGGAAAUAGUUUCUUGCAGGACGCUCCUCCGAUAAUAAUGGUGAAGCCUGGGCGUGUAGCGCGGGCUACUGCGCGGUCUGCCGGUCUUGGAGGCUCGGGACAACCUCAGGCGCGACGGCAGCAGCAGUCACAGAGACAGCAGCUCUCGGCCUCACGGCCGGGACAGCGCAGCAAAGAAAAGAAGAAAGUGAAUUGCAAGCCUAAAAACCAGGAUGAGCAAGAAAUCCCUUUCCGGCUCCGAGAGAUUAUGAGGAGCCGACAGGAGAUGAAAAAGACGCUAAGUAACAAGAAGAGAAAAAAGGAAGCCCAGGUGGCUUUCAAGAAGACAUUGGAGAAGGAAGCGAAAGGAGAGGAGCCAGACAUCACUGUCCCCAAGUUCAAGCAGAGGAAGGGGGAGUCUGAUGUGGCCUACAUCCAGCGCAUGGAGCAGGAGGCCCAGCACGUGCUGUUUCUGAGCAAGAACCAGGCCACUCGACAGCCAGAGGUGCAGGCAGCUCCCAAGAAGGAGAAGUCUGAGCGGAAGAAAGCGUUCCAGAAGCGACGACUUGAAAAGGCCCAGAAGAAGAAGGAAGCACGAGCAGUGGACAGAUUGGAGCAGGAGUUGCUAAAAGAUACCGUAAAGUUUGGAGAAGUUGUGCUGCAGCCCCCGGAGCUGACAGUUCAGCCUAGAAGGAGCACAAGCAGAGAUGCGCCUGGGAAGAAAUCACUAAAGCUGAAGAUGCUUUUGGGCCCUGGUGGUGUGUCCCCGGCUCCAGCCACCUCACUGGCCCGCCAGCGUAUCCUGGGGGAAGAACGGGAACGAGCUGUUCAGGCUUACAGAGCCCUGAAGAAGCUGCAUCGACAGGAAGUGACACCUGCACAGCCACCAGGCAGCUCUUCCCAGAGGCAGCUCCAGGCUUGUCUAUGAAGCAGAGACAUAAGGGUCUAAUCCUCUGGAAACUGGUCCGGGAGCUGUUAGACCUCGAUGAGGGAGAGACAGCAGAUCUUCGUUCCCGGGUAGGGUCCUGAGAGUAAGCUUUCAGUUUGGAAGGGUGCUUUUUCCUUCCCCAGAAGAUUGUCCUUUUAAAAAUGACCACCUCUGUAUCCCAUCUCAUGCAGGGCAAGUCCCCCCCACACACACACACUUGCCUGGGAGGGCUGGUAUUUUCCCUGAGCCUAGCUUCAUUCUAAAACAAGUCUUGACUGAGACAAGCCAGGACCACUGUAGAAAGGACUCAAUCCCUUAAUCCAGCUAAUUACUGGAGCAGCUGGUGCAGGUCAGCCUCUUGUUUUAAGAAGCUCCUGUGGGCUCACUGCAACCGCUGGAAAGCAGGUUAGCGGGACAUUGGACGAGCAGAGAUGCCAAGGACAAGGGGUAGGCUGGCAGCCAGCACCUUUUUUUUUAAUUGGCCUGCAGGGGUCUGUAUUCCUGACUAGA